GCCCUAAUCGGACCAAACCCUAGGGUUUACUCUAACCGGACCACUAAACCCAUCUUUUUCUCUCAAUUUUCCAGAAAAAACCAUUCCCUUUCUUCAUCUUCUUCCAGGUCCCGCUCUCCUUCUGCAACUACCCUCUUCAUUUCUCUUCGUUUUCCCGUUCUUCUCUUCAAUUUGAGCUUGUUUUUCUCUCGCGGUGAUGGAGUUGGAAGGCGUGGGCUACUGCGUGGACGACACCUCUCUGUGGUUUCGCUCUGUUUUGGAAGCUCUGACGGUGGAGACUGUUCUCACCGCUGCAAACUCUCUUUCUUGGUUUUUGGCCACGGCAGGAGCUCUGUUAAAUGAUGUCAAUGCUCCACCAGGAUUCGCUGCAAUUGGGAAAAAGUUUCCUUUUGAAGAACUUCACGCAAAGAACAAUCCUGAUAAGGAAAAUGUAGAUGGCAGUGAAUCAGAGGAUGAUAAAGAUGGAGAUGAAGUUGAUGAUGACGAUGAUGAUGAUGCAAAUGGCCCGGAUGGUGGGGAAGAUGUAGAAGAUUUCUCGGCCGGAGAAGGGGACGAUGGUGAUCUAGAGGAUGACCCUGCAGCGAGUGGCAAUGGAAAGGCAGGAGGUGAUGAGGAAGACGAUGGAGAAGAAGAUGACAAUGAUGAAGACGACGACGACGACGAUGAGGAUGAGGACGAUGAAGAUUUCUCGGCUGACGAAGUGGAUGAGGUUGAUCAGGAAGAUGGCCCUGUAGCACGUGGAAAUGGAAGAAUAGAAGUCGGUGAGGAGGACGAAGAUGAUGAAGAUGACGACGAUGACGACGACGAUGGAGAUGAGGAUGAUGACGACGACGAAGAAGAGGAAGAUGACGAGGAUGAAGACGAUGAUGAGGAAACACUCGAACCACCGGCGAAGAGAAGGAAGUGAGAAUGGUGAUUGGCUCUUUUCUUUUUCCAUUAUCAGUUGUGCCCUUCCCCAUUGUAUCAGGAGUUGGAAGUUAUCGGUGAGGGGAAUUUAGCUAGUCAGCCUUCAAAUUUAGAGGUGACAUUGUUCUUAGUGAACUUCCUAUAUUUAUGUUGUGGAUCCACAUUAUAUAUCACAAUUUGUUCUCUCUAGAA